AUGCCAGCGGCUGCGGGGGACGGGCUCCUGGGCGAGCCGGCGGCGCCCGGGGGUGGCGGCGGCGCAGAGGACGCGGCCCGGCCGGCGGCGGCCUGCGAGGGAAGUUUCCUCCCCGCCUGGGUGAGCGGCGUGCCCCGCGAGCGGCUGCGGGACUUCCAGCACCAUAAGCGCGUGGGCAACUAUCUCAUCGGCAGCCGCAAGCUGGGCGAGGGCUCCUUCGCCAAGGUGCGCGAGGGGCUGCACGUGCUCACGGGAGAGAAGGUGGCCAUAAAAGUCAUUGACAAGAAGAGAGCCAAGAAGGACACUUAUGUCACCAAAAAUCUCCGUCGGGAGGGCCAGAUCCAGCAGAUGAUCCGUCACCCCAACAUCACUCAGCUCCUGGAUAUCUUAGAAACGGAGAAUAGCUACUACCUGGUCAUGGAGCUGUGCCCAGGCGGUAACCUCAUGCACAAGAUCUACGAGAAGAAGCGGCUGGAGGAAGCGGAAGCCCGAAGGUAUAUCAGGCAGCUCAUCUCAGCCGUGGAGCACCUGCACCGUGCCGGGGUUGUGCACAGAGACUUGAAGAUAGAAAAUUUGCUGCUUGAUGAAGACAAUAAUAUCAAGCUGAUUGACUUUGGUCUGAGCAACUGCGCCGGAAUCCUGGGCCACUCGGACCCAUUCAGCACGCAGUGUGGUAGCCCCGCCUAUGCCGCCCCGGAACUUCUGGCCAGGAAGAAAUACGGGCCCAAAAUUGAUGUCUGGUCCAUAGGUGUGAACAUGUAUGCCAUGCUGACAGGGACCCUGCCCUUCACUGUGGAGCCUUUUAGCCUGAGAGCUUUGUACCAGAAGAUGGUGGACAAGGAAAUGAACCCUCUUCCCACCCAGCUCUCCACAGGAGCCAUCAAUUUCCUGCGCUCUCUGCUGGAGCCAGAUCCUGUGAAGAGGCCCAACAUCCAGCAGGCCCUGGCAAACCGCUGGCUUAAUGAGAAUUACACUGGAAAAGUGCCCUGCAACAUUACCUACCCCAAUAGGAUUUCCCUGGAAGACCUGAGUCCCAGCGUGGUGCUGCAUAUGACCGAGAAGCUGGGCUACAAGAACAGUGACGUGAUCAACACGGUGCUCUCCAACCGCGCCUGCCACAUCCUCGCCAUUUACUUCCUCCUGAACAAGAAACUCGAGCGCUACCUGUCCGGGAAAUCCGACCUCCAGGAUGGUAUUUGCUACAAGACUCAGCUCUACCAGAUUGAAAAGUGCAAGCCCACUUCGGAGCCCUAUGAGGCAUCCCUGGACUCCUGGACCCGAGAGCUAGAGUUACACACUGUGCAGGAUAAAAAGCCCAAAGAACCAGAGAAGAGAGGGGAUUUUCUUCAUCGACCAUUUUCCAAGAAACUGGACAAGAGCCUCCCUGGGCACAAGCCACCAGCGGCCUCGCUCAUCACACAGAUCCAGAACACCAAGGCACUGCUCAAAGACCGGAAGGGCCCCAAGGCUGGCUUCCCGGACAAAGAUCCCUUUGGCUGCCGCAACCUUUUCCGAAAAACCUCCGACUCCAGCUGUGUGACCUCCUCCUCCAUGGAGUUCAUUGCUGUCCCACCCCCACGGACGCCCCGGAUUGUCAAGAAACCCGAGUCACCCCCACAGGGGCUGGGAAGCCCCAAGGAAGACCCCUUGAUGCUGGAUAUGGUGCGGUCCUUCGAGUCGGUGGAGCGUGGGGACCCCACGGAACUGCCUUCCCCCAGCCACCACUACCGGGUGCUGAGCUCGCCUGGGGGUUGGUCGCGGCCCCCCUACAGCGAGCGGACUCUGUCCCCAGGGCUGCCGCUGCCAGGAAGCCUGUCACCUCUGCAGCCUCCUCUGCAUCCCACUCUGCUCUCCUUUGCUCACGAAGAGAAGCCCAGUGCCCCUAAAGAGGAAGGCGUGUGUCCCCUGCCUCCAGCGCCAUGCACCCCGCUGCCCCUGGGGAGUCCGAAUUGUGUGAAAAGCCGUGGCAGGUUCCCCAUGAUGGGCAUUGGGCAGAUGCUGAGGAAGCGGCACCAGAGCCUGCAGAUCGGCCUAGACAGGCCUUUGGAGAUCAGCUUGCCUCCCCUGCAGCAGGUGGGCCCCCCGAACCUCUCUUUUGGCCUGACCGACAGUGUCCGAGGCCAGUGUUAACCCUGGCCCUACCCCCCAGCAUUCUGGACAUAUCUGGGGAGUCAUGAAACAGCACUCCCCAGGGUCAGGGCAUGAAGAAUCUAGAAGCACCUAGAUGAUUGGGCCUCAUCUCCAACCCCUGAAAUGCACCCCAAAACCUGCAAGACACAGUCUCAGAGUGGAGGUUCCCUACAUAGACUGGGGUGUACAUUUGGUUCCUCCUUCCACCUCCCCACUCACCCUUCACCCCUGCCCACUGCCCCAGAAGUGCUGGGUUUCGGGGUGAAAUGGGGGGCUCCUGCUAGGCUGCCCAGACCACAGACUGUUAGAUCUUUGUUUCCUUCGUGCUCUGUGCUGCUCUCUUCUUUCAGCAACUGGCCAUAGGAUGGGGGAAUCCUAUAGCAUCACACAGGGUUUAUCUAGGCCCCACCCAAUGCUGUUUUUCUUCCUGUGGGAAGCUGGUGAAUCCUUGGAGGAGUACCACACCUUCCGCCGUCUAUGCCACCCUCAUCCUCACCCCAACCUCUGAGAAAGCUGGGUGGGAGCCUGAGUCCCCAACACCGGCACUGGGCAGCAGUGGGACUCUUAGAGGGAUGCCUACUACAAGCCCCAUGCAAGGAAAAGAAUCUAGGGGACACACCUCUCCCAAACCAGGUUUAAGCAUCAUUUGUGCAAAGGGGGGAGGAGCUUGGAACUCAUUCAUGAUUGAACUCUCUUCUCCAAAGAUGCUUCUUGCUGUAACAUCUGUUCACCGGAGUCACUUCACUGUUAACAACCAGAAUGGAGGGAAAGACGAGGUUUGGCCCAGGGGCUGAGCACUUGCCCCACACUUGUAAGAAGCCCUGGUUUGCUCUCUGCACCCCACAGCAGCUCAAAGGGGGAAAUGAAUCCCUCAAACUCAAGUUCUCAAGAGAAGAGAUAGGUGGGGGCAUAGAGCUUUCCCAAUGAUGCAUGCUCUCAGAGGCUGGGGGGCUGGUAGGAGGUCACGCCCACCAGUUGGGAUCCCUCAAGGUCAAGCAUAUCUGUACAGUUGGGCAUUUGUAAAGCAAGGGAAAAGGGGGUGAGUGGGUGGAUGUUUGCAUUUGCAGGUGGUGUGGUCCAAGCUCUGUUCACUCAUUUGUGAUGUUAGUGGCCAGCCUUAGAGCAAUGCAGGCUGAGUCCACACUCUACUUUGACACCUUGUGCCAAGGAUCCAACCAAAGAUACUUCUCUGGUUCUAUGUCUGUGCCAGCACUGUUUGUGCCAUUUGUGGACCCUAGUGUUGUUUUGUGUGUCUCCAUGGGGGUGGGAGUGGGGGCUAGCCCCAUAGGAGCUAGCUUGGUGGAGCAGGUCAUAAGCAGAAUCAGAAGAGGAACUAGCAUUGGUUGGUCAAGUGGUAGAUCAGAGUAGAGCUAUGCAAAGGGAAGACGGGGGAGGGACGACCAGAAACUGGCCCCGAAUCUUGAGGACCUUCUCUACACCACAGCAACAGGCCGAAGUGAAUCUUCAUCUUUUCUCAUCAGUCCGUCGUGACCUGCCUCACCCGUCAACUGAGCAAAGGAGAGUGAACAUUGGACAACCUUCAGGGGGCUCAGUGUUUGCUGCUUCCCCUUUGGGGAACUUCCCCACAGCUGUAGAUCUGGGAUGUUGAGAGUUUGAGUGUCUCUAGCUGUUGAUGUUCUUCCAACAGCUCCAGACUGACUUCCAGAAUUUUCCAUGGCAAAUAGAGCCUUUGAAGAAGAGAGAAAAAAAUCUCGUGUAUAGUUGGUUGGAAAGGCUUAGGGGUGAGUGAUGGGGACAAGACCUGUUGUUUGCAGUUGGCUUCUGGCUGUCAUGUCUCAUCUCAGAUGGUCCCCCCAGUGCCUUGGGAAUGUCUUCAGCCCCUUGUGUCUCUUGCUUGGGUCUGAUGCCCCUCCAGUCCCUGAGUGUUUGUGGGUCAUGGUUAGCUUCUGAGCAGAUGUUCCCUAUUUAUGAAUGUUAUGUAACUUGCUUCCACCCGUCUUCAGUCCACCUGUGGGUGAGGAAGCAUGUCUGUCGCUAUUGGGCACAUAGUGGGGAACUCUCAUCACUGAGAGUGGGGGCUGGGGAAGUAGAGAAUGAAGUGUGUUUUAUGUGUAUAAGAACACCUGGAGGAUCUCUGAUAUUGAAAAUGGAUGGAGCCACGUUGAAUCCACUCUUAUUUUAUUAUAUUUAUAUGGAAAAAUGCGACUGUCCCUGUCCUCAGGGUAAAAGGGUUUGGUCUUCUGAUGGCGAUGAGUCACUGCCCUGUCCCCCCAUUGCCCACAGACUCAGACUGUCAUUGGCCGAGUGUCCGUGUGAGUUGUCCAGUAGGGAGAGUUGGUGCCCCCAUGUAUGCUCUGUUCCCUGGGAAGGGCUGUAUUUCUGUCCCCUGCCACUAAAUCCAUGUACUUUUAUAAUGACUGUGAAAUACACCUUCCCCCACUAA